UCACAACCCUUUGGAGAGCUUUCCUUUGAGCCGUAGUGCUGCUGUUAUACCAGACGCAGAUACAGUAGGUCAGUAAAAUAUGCUAAAGUCGUGUUACUCAUACUUGAGUAAAUUUUUCGGUACUCUACCGACCUCAGUCAAUUUCCAAAGUAAUUUCAUGAGCAUUUCUUAAAGGAUUUAGUUUCGUAUUUACUGUAUCUAUUUGGUUCGCAGAAAAAUGUCGCUAAAAAACUCUCUGGUUGACCAGCACCGUAACCGGAAGUAGGCGUGACUCAUCUUGAGUUGUAUCUUUGUUACAGGAAGUACAGCAGCUUUUUGAUAAACAGCGCCUCUCUGUGGUCACAAACGGUCUCUAACGGUCACUAUUUGAAUACAUUUCUUUAAAAAUGUGCUACAGAGUGAGGCGGGUCACUUUUGCUAACUGACGGAGUAUUUAUUUUAGUUUGAGGUUACAGGAAGUCGUUGUUGUGCUGUCUGCUAGCGGCGGUGUUUACUGCCUGCGCAGAGGAGCAGAAAACUGUCAACUCAUGUUGGUUCGGAGUCCAUGUUGUCUUCCAGAGCGCUAGCAGCCGUAGCAGCGGGCAUCACUCUCAUCACCGUGGCCGAACACAUGAGCUCCGUGGCGGGAACCGCUCACUGUGGGCUCCGGGGGCCGCAGGGCUCCGGCAGCCCGAACGGGAGGCGGCUGCAGCGGCUGGUCGGAGUCUCCGGCUGCGGUCCGAACCGGGUCAACGACCUGCUGCUGCUGCGGCCCGAAUCAGACGAAGAGAGCUGCUCCGGAACCAAGGAGAGGGGCAGCAACAGACAUGUUGUCUUCUUCCAUGGAGACAUCCAGAACUUCAAGGAGGAGAUGGCCGUGCAGCCGGAGGCGUCUCAGUGGCUGUCCUGGAGUCUGGAGCAGGUGGCUCUGGUUCUGGGCCAGCGGUUCCCCAACAGGAACAUCUGGGUGGUCAAAGCCUCCCGCAUGUACCUCAACAAGUUCAGCUGCUACCAGAACUUCGUGGAGAGCAACAUGUUCGGCGCGCCGGAGCACACCGCCUACACCGCCGACGGCGGAGCUUUUCACCAGCUCAGGUCGCUGCUGACCAACGCCAUGGAGCGGGCCAAGCUGCCGCCUUCAGGGGGCGCUGGUGGUCUGCCGCCCGGGUUCUCCCUGACCCUGGUGGGCUUCAGUAAGGGCUGCGUGGUUCUCAACCAGCUGGUGUACGAGCUGCCCGGGGCGCGCGCCGACCCCAACAUGGCCGCCUUCGUGCGGCGGAUCUCGGACGUGUUCUGGCUGGACGGGGGCCACCCGGGCGGCAGCCGCACCUGGGUGACGGACCGCGAGGCGCUGCGGGAGCUGGCGGCCAGCGGCGUGUCCGUGCACGCGCAUGUGACCCCCUACGAGGUGCGCGACCCCAUGAGGGCCUGGGUGGGCCGCGAGUACGGCGUGUUCAUCCAGACCCUGGAGGAGCUGGGCGCCUGCCCCAGCAGGAAGCUGCACUUCCAGGACGAGCCGCCUUCCAUCCAGAACCACUUCCGGGUCAUCCUGGAGUUCUGAGUUCUGCUUCCUGUUUUGGUCUUAGAACUUUACAAACAUGACGGGAAACAUGUUUACAUUUCAUGUUAAUUUAAUAUUUAACCUAAUAAUAUCUGAUGUAGCAUUCAGAGUACGGAGGGCCAGAAAUGACUAAAUUAAACAUCAUCAAGUUAAAUAAGUAAAUGUUUGAUGUAAUAAACAUAAUAAAUGGUUCUGGUUUGGUGAGUUUGACAGCAGGAACAGGAACCAUAAAUAAACACGAUUUAUUUUAUGCAUCGGCAAUUAUAAGUUUGCAUCUAAAUUAGUCAUUUUCAUAUUUAAUAAAGUGUCUUAAAUAAAUGCACAUGUAUCUUUUUAAUUAGCUAAUAUGUAAUUUUGUCUCUUCUGGCCCUCCGUACUAGAGGUAAACAGCCUCAUUCCUUCAGUCUGAACCCAGGGUUUAUUUUUCUUCCUUUGAUGAACUGAAACAUGGCGGUUCUGGUUCUGGUUCUGAUGCUGAGCUCCAGAACUCGACCCGACCCGGUGGAAUCUGUAGGCAGAACUGUGAGCCUCAGAACCGAUCCGACCUGGGAAACAGUCCAGAUCAGAAGGUCCGGUCCGAUCAUCUGCAUUUUGGGUUUUUAAUAACUCAUCAGAACCGGCUGUGAGGUUCUGAUCCGGUCAGGCUCAGGUGUAUUCAUACGCCCUGUGGCUGGUAUUGGACCGGUUCUGAUGGGCAGAACUGGGAGUGUGGGGAGGAGGUCCAGAACCAGUUUGGAUCGGGUCAGCCAACCAGUUAGCCACUGGUCUGAGGAGGAAAACCAGCCCACAGCAUGAUGCUGCCACCACCGACUCCAAAAUAGACAGUUUAUCUCCACCAUGGAGUCAAACAUCUCAGCAUCCAACCAAACAUCCAACCAAACAAACAAACAUCCAUCCAGUUCUGGUUUCAGCAGCUGAAUGUUGAUCAAUUUUUUCAUCCUGAAAUUAAAACGGUUCAAUAAUCAAUAAAAUCUCUAAAUGAUUGGCCUCCAUGAUGGAUGAAGCUCCUCCCCUCUUCAUCACCUCCUCCUCUUCCUCAGUUAGCGGCUCUUUUUCCUGAUGUUUCUGCUGAAUGUAACUUCUGAUGCAUUCCUUGUUGUCGUGCUGCUGGUGGCCAGCAGGGGGCGCCACUGGGACAGACACGCCACGCUGAUGCUGUUUUCUACAACUUUAAUGAGCUUUUCCAGUUUGCUGUGUGACACUUACAGAUUAGCCAGCAGUUAUCAGAUUACAGAUUAUUUCUUCUGUUGAAAAUGUAAUUACGCUCAAACAUUAAAAACAAAUAAAAAUAAAGUUACAUCCUUUCAGCCGUUGGUCUCUGUGCUUGUGGCUGAUUUGACUGGAACAGGAGGAAUCAGCAGAACAAACAUGGAGGCCCAGCGAAGCAGCUGAUGUCAGACCGGCUCCCUGCGGCGGUGGCGCGGGACGUCCCGGGACGGGGCGUCCUCACAGAGCCCUUUGUGCCCCGCGGUGAGGUCAUGAGGUCAGCCGCUGUGGCACGCCGCCUCUCUCACUUCCUCUGCUCCCUCGUUUCUCUCCUUCAGCUGCCCAACAACUCAAAUCUUUCAGAUUCGUCCUGCAACACAUUUCUACUUCCCUCAGUUCCUUUCAGCAUAAAAGCCUCCUCAAUCAGCUGCUUCCCUCCACAAUCAGCCAACAUUAAGACAUGAGCUCAUCGUUUCAUAAAACAUCCAGAAUCAGUCCAGCACAUAAAUAACAUUAAUAAUAACAACAGUGGCAGGCCAGUGGCAGGCGGAGCGGCGCCCUGAGAUAAUCACUCUGGAAUGGCUUCAGACACGCCCCUUCCUUCCUGCACAGGAAGUAAGUGCUACGCAGGAAGCGACGUACGGCGGCUGGGCAGCGCGAACACGAUGAAAACAUGAUGCUAACUGACUGAAACACAAAAACUAACAAUCAGAAAAACUCAAACGACCCGACUACAGGAAACAGAAACUCUGCUAACUCCUCCACUGAAACCCUCCAGACCACCAGGGGGCGCCGACCACCAAACCAUCUGGAGGGAAAGUUGGAGGGAGGAAGAAAUACUUCACAUCUUUUUCAAAUACAGUUUUUUAUAACAUAGAACAGCAGCAUAUUUUCGUAGGUAAUAUUACCGACUCCAGGCUCCCCCUAGUGGAGCGGAGGACUGAGUUUACAACGUUUCAUACCGGAUGUCUUUGCUGUUUUCCAUUUUGCUUGUUUCCUUCGUAGAGUUUUUCUUUUUUGUUUUGGAGUUUCAUCGUUCAAGUUUUUGCAGCUAGUUUUCGGUGAUAGCUGCACCUGUUAGCCGCCGUAUGUCCUGACAGGAAACGGCGUGCGGCGCAGCGUGCGAACAUCAGCUGCUCUACAGCUAAACCCUGAGCUACGUUUGGGUGCAGAGAUCUGGCAGGGAGCGGCCGGCGAUGGAAACGGUUUCCCUGGUGACGGCAGCAGGCGGCUCUUCCAGGUGACCCAGACGGGUUUUCCUACUUUAAGGCAUAGAUUCAAACUGCAUAGAUUUCCCUAAAUAGAUGCUGCAAUGCAGCCGUUGUGGAGGAGGCGUCCAGCAGCGCUGCUGAACAGAAACAGGAAGCUGUUAUCUUUGGUUGGAUUGGAGGAUCAGUGAAGCAGAUUAGAGCUUCUGGAAGCUUAAAACUAUUUAAAA